AUGCCUCUCCGUGAGCUGCAAUACCCGACCGAGCCCUACAGCAAGGUUAACCGCCACAAGGAGCGAGCGGAUUACUCCCUCGAGACCAUCCAUCAGAUCGUGAACUCAUGUCCCAUCCUACAUGUCUCCUUUCAGACGCCCGACAGCCCCUUUCCGGCCGUCCUGCCUAUGAUCGGCAAGAUGGGCUCGUUCUCGCGGCCCAGUGCGGACCUGGGUGAAGUGCUGGAUCUUUACCUUCACGGGUGA